AUGGAAGGUGGUAUCCUUGAAGUACUAGUUGUUAAUGCAGAAGGAAUCAAACCAAGAAAUUUAUUUGGUAAACCGGCCUAUUAUGUAGUUAUACAAUGUGGCACUGAAGUGAGGAGGAGCAAGGCUACCAGAGGUUAUCACCAUGAAGCUUUUUGGAAUCAGAAGUUCGAGUUUGACUUUUCAUUUUCUGAAUGGAAGAAUUUGACUCAUCUGGAAAUCAGUAUAAUGGAUGAUGAAUCUUUCAACGAUACUGGAUUUGUUGGUCGUUCUAUGAUUUUUCUGGGUGGGAUUAUUGAAGAAGGAAAUGACAGGGGAAUCGUCGAAUUACAUCCUUCAGCAUAUAAUGUUGUGCAUGAAGACACCACAUACGAAGGAGAAAUUAAGAUUGGGCUUAAAUUCGAAGCUUAUAAAGAAGGGCACAAAGCGACCAAAGAAGAAACUGUGCAGGUUACGAAAGCAGGACAUGAUGUCUAUCGAAGUUUGUUUAGAGUUUUAAAGAUAUCGUGGUGGCGAGUACUUUUUCCCUUUGGUCCAUAUUGA